GAAUAAACCAGCUAUACGGUGAAAACGAAAUUUACUUUGCUCCUAGUUGCGCCUUGUGUUCUUCCUCCUCUUCUUCCACCUUGUGUCCAAGCGAGAGAGAGAAAGAGAUUGGCGAUGGCGAGGGCUUGGCGCUCCUAGGGUUUGCAUUUCUCUGCGAGAUUCUAGAGCUCGUAGGAAGAAUCUGGUGUGCUUGAUCCUCUCUUUGUUCUUUCAAUUCGAUCGCGAGGAGGGAAGGAAGGGAUUAGAUUAGGGUGAGAAGAGAGAGAGAUCGAAGGCUGGCAUUGAAUUGCUUGGCUUUGCUUUGGCGAUUCGAUUGCAGCCUUGAGAGAUUUCUUAUUUUUGGGGUGCGUUUUUAUGCGCUUGUCUUUCAUGCAUGCCUCCCUUCCUUUUCGUACCACUGCCAUUUCUAAAAGAGAAGAAGAGACUGGAGCGAGCUCUUUCCUUCCCUCUUUGAGAGAAUUCUCGAUGAUUAGAAGAGUUUGUGAGGAUCAGAGUGUUUUCUCCCUUGAUCGAUCCUCCUCUAGGCAAGAAGGAGCGUUCUUGUGAUUGAUUCUCAAGGCAGAGAAGAAGAAAAAAUCGCGAGGAAGAAGAAGAAGAAGGGCGGUGGUGAUCUUCUUCUUUUCUUGGAGAUGUGGAACACACAUUGGUGGGCGAAACAGGAGAAUGGCCACCACACCUUGGCGCGCUCGGGUCUCAUCCCUCUCGACAUGGAGGAGGAUCCUUCCAGCAGCACCACAUCGCCUCUGUGCCGGAUCAGGCAAGCCCGCCACAAGCAAAUCCUCCGCCACUGCCUCCUCAACGCGCUCUUCAUCCUCCUCGGCGCAAUUCUCAUCGCCCUCUCCGCGACUCUGAUCGAUCGCUCCCUCUCCGCUUGGUCCCGCCGCCGCGAAUCCAUCUCCUCGCAGCGCUUCCACGCCGCCUUCCUCGACCUGGCUUGCAACACCACCGUGGAUCGCCACCUCCGCGAGCUCACUCGCCACCCGCACGUCGCCGGCCUCCCUCGCGACUUCGCCACCGCCGAGUAUGUCUUCUCGGCGCUCCAGAGCUAUGGCCUCGCGCCACACUUCGCCGAUUACAGUGUGCUCCUCAGCUACCCGGUGGAGCGCAACCUCUCGCUCCUCCAUCCGGAUGGCUCGCUCAAGCUAGAGCUCUCGCUCCGGGAGGAGGAUCCCGGAGGGGGCGAUGGUGGCGGUGGCGGUCCGGCAGCAGUGAUCAGCUCCUACCACGCUUACUCUCCAUCCGGCGACGUCCAAGGCGAGGUGGUCUAUGUCAACUAUGGACGUAGCGAGGACUACCAAGAGCUGGAGCUGCUCGGCGUGGACGUGAGAGGAGCCAUCGUUCUCGCUCGCUAUGGCCAGAUCUUCCGCGGAGAUAUCGUGGAGAACGCCGCCUCGAGAGGCGCGGUGGCGGCUAUCAUCUUUUCCGACCCGGGCGAUUACGCUGCUAAUCAAACGCAAGGAUACUUCCCCGACUCGAGCUGGCUCACUCCCACUGGCGUCCAAAGAGGUACCGUCUUUCAAGGCAAUGGAGACCCGCUCACGCCUGGAUGGCCGAGCAGCACCGCCAAUUCCGAGAGGAUUCCAGAGUCGCGAGCUGGCUUGCCGACGAUUCCAUCGCUGCCAAUCUCGGCUCGGGAUGCUCGGCCCAUCCUCGAGAGCUUGGGUGGUAAAGUUGCUCCGCGAGGAUGGCGAGGAGGAUUUGCGAUGGAGUACAGGACUGGACGAGGACCGGCAAAGCUACGGUUCCAUUACGUUGCAAAUCAAACACUGGCCUCUAUUCGGAAUGUGUUGGGUGCCAUCAAAGGAUACGAAGAGCCGGACAGGUUUAUCUUACUGGGAAACCAUCGGGACGCAUGGACCUUUGGAGCUGUGGAUCCAAACAGCGGCACCGCAGCAUUGCUCGAGAUAGCUUCCAGGCUUGGAAGGCUUGUGAGAGCCGGGUGGAAGCCACGCCGGACGAUUGUUCUGGCGAGCUGGGACGCAGAAGAGUUUGGCUCCGUUGGAUCGACUGAAUGGGUGGAAGAGAACUUGGACCUUCUCGGAGCAAGAGCAGUAGCGUACCUCAACGUCGACUGCGCUGUGAGCGGUCCCGGUUUCUUCGCUGGAGCAACGCCACAGCUCGAUGAUCUGCUGGUGGACGUGACAAAAGAGGUGGGGGACCCUGACACGGGGCGUGGCUCUGUUUAUGAUUCUUGGGCCUCUAGAAGCCCAAUUGGAGGAGGAGGAAAAUCCUCUCCUACGGUUGACAGGCUGGGAGGCACAGACUCUGACUUCGUUGCGUUCCUUCAGCGCGCUGGUGUUCCAGCUGUUGACAUGUACUUUGGGAAAUCUUAUCCAGUGUAUCAUUCGCUGUAUGACAACUACGACUGGAUGAAGCGAUAUGGAGACCCGUUGUUCCAUCGGCAUGUAGCCGUUUCGUCGAUAUGGGGAUUGAUGGCUCUACGCCUCGCGGAUUGUCUCGUUCUGCCAUUUAACUAUGGCUCUUAUGCAACGCAGGCACAGGUGUAUGGAAACGCGGUGGAAGAUGCAUUGCGAGCAGCCAAAGCACCGCGCAACGUAACAGCGUCGCCGCUGCGUACGUCGCUGGCGAGUUUUGUCGAGGGAGCCAAGCAAGCCGGUCACGACUCCAAGAAACUGGAGAGAGAGAUAUCCUUGUUGCUUCCGAGGAGAACAUUAAACGACAGGCUGAUGCUGGCCGAGCGUGCUUUUUUGGAGGAAGGUGGCAUUCCCGGAAGAACAUGGCACAAGCACUUGAUCUAUGGACCAUCCAAAAACAAUGGCUAUCAGUCAGAAGCCUUCCCCGCUGUGCUCGAUGCGAUUGUAGAGGCCUCUGGCUCGACAAAUCCAGACAAGUGGGAUGCGGUCCAGCAUCAAAUAUGGAGGGUGUCCAGGGUUUUAGAGCGCGCUACGCUAGUUUUGCGUGGAGAGUUAACAUAAGAAAGGGACCAAACAACACUGUAAAUCCUUCGCUCAUCUCAUCAAUGUAGAAAGCUCGCUCGAGAGUCUGUGGUGGUU